AUGCGUAAAUCGCAUUUGGGUAUCGCGGACACAAACGUGCGAAAUGAUACCAAGGUUAUUCAAGAUAUCGCUCGACUGAUCGUUCCUUCCGCUCAAUCUCUAGCUAUACGUGGCGCCGAACGUCUAAAACCCUUGAUCGAAAGUGUCAACGAAGGCUGGAACAAUUCUAUCGCUCUAACCAAGCCUCGUCCGCAACCCGACUAUGCUGUUGGAUUCAAGCGAACUGCAUUCACCGAAGAUCAGCUUAAAAAAAUCCAGCCGUUUAUUGGUGGUUUCUUGGAACUGUCUUUCUUCAUGGGUACAUACUAUAUGUACUUCCCGUUUCUUACAUGCGAGGUCAAGUGUGGUACUGCGGCUCUCGAUAUUGCCGAUCGACAAAACGCUCAUAGCAUGACACUUGCAGUGAGAGGGAUAGUCGAACUCUUUAGACUUGUAAAACGAGAAAAAGAGCUUCAUCGAGAGAUACUCGCAUUUUCAAUCUCGCAUGAUCAUCGAACUGUGAGGAUUUAUGGUCAUUAUCCUACUAUCAACAAGGAAAGCACUACUUUUUAUCGCCAUCCGAUCCGUACAUUCGAUUUCACAGAACUAGAUGGUAAAGAGAAAUGGACAGCAUACAAGUUCACCAAGAACGUCUACGAUAUCUGGAUGCCGACUCAUCUGAAGAGAAUUUGUUCUGUUAUCGAUGACUUACCCUCUGAUUUAGAUUUUGAGGUAUCGCAGCAAUCCGAACUAGGGGAAUCGGGCCUUUCACAAGAGUUAGAAAGUCACAAUCUUUUUGAGCAAACAAGCUAUGAUGCUGUGUCUUGGAAGGAAGCUGGUGAUCAGUCAAGUCAUAUUGGUUCGGGACAUAUUACUCCUGAUACCUUGCUAUCUCAAGAAAUUGAGGAGGGAGUAUUCAAAAAGCCAAAGAAAAGGGGUCGACAAUAA